AUGAGCGUCGACGAAGACCUUCCGCGCCCUUUGCCCCUCGGGUUCACACCACUCGAGUCGGUUCGGGCCAAAUCUGACGAAUGUGCCGUGCUCGACACAUCCGUCCUACCUCCUGUGCUGCGCAGUCUCAAGUGGCUCGAGAAUCCUAAGAACGUCAUUUACACCUACACACAAUCUCGUUUCGGCGCCCCUCCUCAAUUUAGCAGCUUAGAAGGACGUUUUCCAGACCGUCAUGAAAAGGUUGUUCGGUGCACGUGCACCAUUGAUGAGGAAGUUGGCAUCGUGGCUACAGGCGAUGGCCAUUCCCAGAAAGAGGCACAAAAAGCAGCUGCCCUUCAUGGCAUGCUAAUGCUCUUGGAGCGCGACUAUAUUUCUAACCCUCCUCCGGGCCUCUUUGGCGGCACCAAAGGCAGCACGACUGCGCUGUCUGCCACUCUCUCGAAUGGAUCUCCCCUGACCUUAGAAACUGCCCGAGAGUUUAUUGACUAUUUCUGUCAUCACUUUCAUUAUGGCAAUCCGGACAUUUCGAUCACAGAGAUGCAAAAUUUGCAGGGUCGUCGUACAGUCCCGAGUGGCUGGAACGCGACCAUGUCGAUUGGUGGCACGGUGAUCGGUGAGGGGCUUGGCACGAGUAAAAAAGUUGCUCAGAACUUGGCCUAUCUAGAUACGGCCGUCCGUCUGGAGAAGGAGUUUCAAGAUGUGUACCAAACAUUCCUUUUAGAACCCAAGAACAAGCCCAUGGGCAAGGCAUCACCUGUGUAUUUCCGCGUUUCCGAAUCCUUCGAAGAAAACCUGCGGCACUUGUAUGAUCAAAUACGCGACAGUGACUUGUAUGCCAAUCGUCCGCGCACGACGGCUGCUUUUCCUUCGACCGCCGAAGCUGCGGCUCCAAAGCCUUUGUUGGCCAAGCAACCUCGUCGUUUCACUCUUUCGGAAGAAGAGCACGAGGCAAAGUCGGCCCAGAUGCUCCAAACCCUGAAUGCGUAUCAGACGGACGACCGUGUCAAGUCCACUCGAACGUCGCGUGAACUGCUCCCAGUGACGCAACACGCUGGUGACGUUCUCGUCAAGGUCGAAUUAAAUCCUGUUACGAUCUGCAUGGCAUCUACUGGCUCGGGUAAGACGACGCAAGUGCCCCAGAUUCUCCUUGACGACUACAUUCUCCGCAACCAAGGCUCACGCUGUAACAUAAUCUGUACGCAGCCUCGCCGAAUUGCUGCCAUCAGUGUUGCUCAGCGUGUGGCUAAGGAGCGUGGCGAGAAGGUUGGAGAAACCGUGGGUUAUCAGGUUCGCUUUGACAGCAAGAUGCCAAAGCCUCAUGGGUCCAUCACCUUUUGCACCACAGGUGUCUUUUUACGACGCCUUCAAUCUGCGAUGGAAGCCCCAUCUGGCCUUUCUUUCUUGGAUGAUGUUACUCAUAUUCUUAUGGAUGAAGUACAUGAACGGGAUGUUGAGACGGAUCUCUUGUUGGUGAUCAUUAAGCGGGUUCUGGCUGAUCGCCAACGUCGAGGUCUGCCCGACAUUAAAUUGAUUCUCAUGAGCGCCACAGUGGAUCCCAAAUUGUUCCAGGACUACUUUGCGGAACUAAUGCCCUCGGCCCGUCCUGCGCCCGUGGUUACGAUACCCGGUCGCAGCUUCCCAGUGAAAAAGGUAUUCUUGGAGGACACGUAUGAACGAUUGAAUGCCAUCUCUCUUCCACGAGCAAAGGGUGGCUGGAUAUGGCACGAAAAGAAUGUUCGCGAUUAUAUCCAUCGUGAGAUUGCCCAAAAAGGCGGCCAAAUCAAAGCUGAUGUUACCGGGGAGAACGGUGUCUUGGUGGAUGAUCUUGAGCUUCCGUAUCCGCUCAUUGCUCUAAUGAUCGCCGAUGUACUGUCGCGCUCUGACGAUGGCCAUGUGCUUGUGUUUUUGCCGGGUUGGGAUGGGAUCAAAAUUCUGCACCAGAUUUUGUUGGAUACAAAGCAGUGUCCUUUACUGGAUGUCCCGCUCCAUGAUCCCGCCAAAUACGAAGUGCAUAUUUUGCAUUCGUCAGUCCCUGUGGAAGAUCAACAAGCUGUGUUCGAGCCUCCCCGUCAUGAAGCCAUCCGCCGAAUUAUUCUCUCAACUAAUAUUGCCGAGACCUCCGUCACAAUUCCUGACGUGGUUUAUGUUAUUGAUUCCGGACGUGUAAAGGAAAAGAGGUAUGACCCAGAGCGGCACUUGUCUAGUCUGGUCUCUGCUUGGGUGGGUACCUCAAAUUUAAACCAACGUGCAGGUCGUGCCGGUCGCCAUCGUCCUGGGGAGUACUAUGGUGUGCUGUCCAAGGCUCGGUAUGAUCAGCUCAGUGUGCAUCAAACGGUGGAAAUGAAACGUGUGGAUCUAAGUAACGUCGUCAUGCAUAUCAAAGCCCUCGGAAUCCCAGGGAUGGAAGUGGAAGAUGUUUUGGCUGCGGCUAUUGAACCGCCUGCCUCAGACCGUGUUAAAGCAGCGAUGGUGGAUUUGAAACGAAUCGGGGCUCUGGACUACCAUAUGAAUCUAACGUCGCUUGGCAAAGUCCUACAGCAUCUUCCACUGGAUGUAUCAAUUGGUAAGAUGUGCCUCUAUGGUGCUUUCUAUCGCUGUCUUGAUCCUGUGUUGGCACUUGCUGCCAUUCUCACUAACAGGGAUCCUUUUAUUGCACCGAUGCAUCUGAAAAAAGAGGCCAAUGCGAUCAAGGACAGCUGGUGCCCCGUAACAUUCCGUUCUGAUCCGCUGUGUCUACUCAAUGCCUACUAUGAAUGGACUCGUCUCCAGUCGAUCAGUUCGUCGCAGGCCAACCGCUUCCUGCAUAACAAUAUGCUAAGUCGCCCUACCAUGGUCCAAAUUCAGCAGAUUAAACACAAUUUGUUCCAGAGUUUGCAGAAGGCUGACAUUAUUAAAGUCAUACGUCAAUCUACUUCCAUGGUGCCACGGUAUCGCCGCCGCGUGCGCGAGACCGACCCAGAGUUCAACCUCAAUGCACACAGCAUGCCAUUAUUGGGUGCCUUGAUUGCUGUGGCCUCCUCGCCCCAUUUUGCCAUACGACAAGGGGAACGCACGUUACGUACGUCUCAGGACAAGACGUGCUUUAUCCAUCCUUCAAGUGUUUGCAGCUCCAAGUUUACCAAGGAUGUGAAGGGAAGCUUGCCACCACAAAAAGAUAUUUACGCUUUUGCGGAAAAAGUACACAAUACCUCGAUGCAAACGGCGGGGUCGAGCGGAGGCUCGAUGACAUUUUUGCGUACUUGUACUCGUCUCGAUCCCCUUUCUUACAUGCUUUUUGGUGCUACCGAGGCGCAGGCCACGGCCCAGGGUCUCGAAUGUGAUGCCUGGCUUCCCGUCAAUGGCAAUUAUGAUGCGCUGGAUAGUAUUGAGCGUAUCAAGUCCGUGAUGGAUGCUUGCAUGCUCCGCAUAUUUGAAGGGGUACGGAGUCGUAUGCCUUCGUGUACCAGUUCAACAGUCAACGGUUCUCAAAUGUCGUCCGAGGUCCUUCUGGCCGACGAUGAUGAUGAAGGUGAGGAUCCUUCACCCGCCACUGUCCGCCCUCUAUCUCAACGUGAGGUGGAGGAGUUCGAGCAGCUCACUACAGGGAUUGUUCACCUGUUGGACCAGUACUCGGAGGAGCUUGCACAUUCGUAUGCUUAA